CGAUUUCAUUGAAUAUCGGCGCAUGAGGAGAACUUAGAAUCAAAGCUUGUGUAAGUAUGCUACGUUGUUAACGGGCAUAUCUCCUUCCUAGGCUUGGCCGAUGAGGGGUACUCAAAUGGUGAAAUGUGGGAUGGGUAUGACGCAAAAUAUAUAACCCCACAUCUUGAUAAGUAACACUUUCACGACAACAAAGAGGAGACAAAAGUCUCAGAAGCUGCUGGUCAAUUGAAGUGGUGACUUUCAAGGACUAAGGAGUUGUCAAGUUCACAAUGGCCACUACCACUAUCACUGAGAAAUUGGCUUCAACCACUAUUGCCGACAAGGCACCUGUAGAUCCUCAGCCGUACGACUACAGCAAACUCGAACGCUAUGUACACCCUCCCGAAACAGAAGAGAAGCUCAACUGGGCUGAGCUCGUGACUUUGGACCUCGAAGACUACAACCGAGAAGGCGGCAAGGAGCGACUCGCCAAGCAACUUGAGCACGCAGUACACCACGUCGGCUUCUUCUAUGUGAAAAACUAUGGUCUAUCACAAGAAGAAGUAGAUGACCAAUUCACACUUGCAAAACACUUCUUCGCUUUACCCGUUGACAAGAAAGCCAAAUACGAAUGCAACUAUGCCGCAGCAGAUUACAAUGGCUGGAGACGUAAUGGUCGCCGACUCGAUCACCGGGGCUUUGACAAUGUUGAGAUCUACAACAUUCCAAAGUUCACCAAGGACUUUGAGGGCGAAUAUGGACAGCCUGAUCUUCUCAAGGCCCACUUGCCCGAGAUCGAGCACUUCUCGAAGACACUACAUAACAAUGUUGUUCUUCCACUUCUUCGUCUUUUCGCUAUCAUUCUUCAGCUCCCUGAUGAGGACUACCUUGUAAACCAGCACAGCUAUGAGAAGAAGUCUGAGGAUCACUUCCGUUACAUGCUUUACCGCAAGCGCACUGAGGAGCAGUGGGAGGCCAGUGGUGGUGGGCUUAACAAUGGACACACCGAUCUCGGAACCGUAACUCUACUCUUCCGUCAGCCCAUCGCAGGACUUCAAAUCCUUGGUGAGGAUGGAAACUGGACUUGGGUGUCUGCUCAACCAGGGACAAUCACCGUCAACCUUGCAGACACCAUAUCGCAUCUCACUGGAGGCUGGCUGAAGAGCUCCGUCCAUCGGGUCGUGACUCCGCCAAGAGAUCAAUGGGCUUAUGACAGGACCGGACUGUUGUAUUUUGCAAGACCGCAUAACGAGACUGUUUUGAAUCCUAUUUUAGAUUCGCCUGUGUUGCAGAAAGCGGGAGUGAAGCCGAGAUUUGAGAAGCCUGUGACGAUGGAAGAAUGGGUUAAGGCGAAGCAGACAUUGCAACUGAAUCCUGAGAUAGCUGCUAAGCGAUGGGCUGAAGCUGGAGAUGGUACUGUGGAGGUUCUCGCGGGAUUCAGAGAUCGUAAAUAUAAGGCUUAAAUCUGAGUCAAAAAGAGCGAGGAAUGGCUAUAGUGACUGUCGGUUGGUUGAGACAAUGGGUGGACGUAUGAUAGUCACC